UCAAGAAAUAACAAAAAUAAUUUUUGUUAAUCACCAUCCGAAAGCGGUUUUUGUUACCUACCGAUAAACUGUAAUCGCAAAGUCCUAUGCCAGCGAAACACCGAUGCAGGGUGAAACUUCCGCAGAGAAUGUUCGUACACUGGAAGUCCUUAGUAUUAUUCGGUUUAAUAUUUUGGUUUCUCCUGUGCUCGUUCGAUUUGCUUGGUAAUCCGCGGGGUUUCAUGCGCGACGAUGAUUACAACUUGAUCUACGGAACGUUGUACCAAGAAAAAGCCAAACCCAAAAGCCUCGACCAGCAACUAUUAGUAGUACUCAAAAAUUUCGGUUUCUCCCUUUUGCUGUGGAAUUCGGCGACGUUUUUGUGCUCUGUACUGUUUUGUAUUACGGUAAGGAAGCUGUGGUGGAUGUGCAUUAAACCGUUCUCCGUUAGCAGGAAUAAUCAAAUUAUUUCCACGUUGGCUUUAGUAUCUUGCUGCUACCCGCGCACUAACUUCAUUACCUCCAAAAUCCCCAUAAAAGUCAGAUCUAGAAUAAUCGAACCUAAAGGUUCCAUUUCCCAAGUAGCAUUACCCAAAACUUCUCAAAUCAUAAGCCAUGCGAGCAGUCCCAACAUAUUAAACACAUCAAAAAGUACCAACCUCUCGGAUAAAACAAAAUUUCUUAAUAAAAGGAGUAAAGAUGUCGUAUUUGCCGGUCCUCCUUCCCUACAACAAAAUGUAUUUUCCUUCGUCGCCAACUCGGAAAUAAACAAAUUGAAAGAGGAGAUCGUCAACCUCGAGGAUAUCUCUAUGAAGGAACAAUCUGAUUUAUCCAAAAGAAUCGAUAAACUUCAAAAGUCUAAGAAAGAGCUAUCCAAACAACUCGCCACCGCUCAACAUGAAAAUAAAGUCGCCAAGCAAGAAAUCCAAGAGCUCGUCGAGGAUCGGGACAUUCUCUUAAAAAAAGUGGACAUGCUCAACAAAGAAAUGACGACGAACAAGAAAUGCAAGAAACUUUCUUUAGACCAAAUGGAGAAGCUCGCGACCAACGCCGAGAACCUCAAGAAACAACUCCAGCAAGUGACGAGAGACAAGGAAAUUCUAGAGAAGAAACUGAAGCUGCUGCAGGAGGCGUACGAACGACUGCAGGAACGGUUCAUCCUGAGCGACGAUCACCUGCGAAUGAACAAUUACGCCAACGAGCCGGAACGCGACGAUGCGGACACCACGAAAAUCCAAUCGAAGUACUCCAACAAACGGUCCAACAACGUGCAAUCCAUAUCCAACCCGGAGCUCGACUUGCAGAACAUCCAGAUUAAAAUGAAGCAACUCGAGAAGAACCUGGAAAAUUUCAGUUCGAUGAAAAACUCGGUAAAUUUAAGUGCCUUGCAGACAGACGAGACGCCGUCGGACGCCAGCCAAAUCAGCAUCGACGAUUCGAAUUCGAAGAGCACCAUCGAUGACAACGAGAACGACAGCGACAUCAGCGAUUUCAGCUUCUCGAAGCGGAUCACGCGGAACUUUAAUCCGUACCUUCCCAGUCUAGCUGCACGCAAACAGAACAUCAGCAGUCGCGUCGAUUUUACUGCGCCCGACGACGGGCGAGAAUCGGAUAUAGACUAAAAUUCAAAUGUAAAUUAUUUAAAUAUUCUACAAUUAUUAUAAUAUAAAUUAUAAAAUAACAUGCUUAUCA